ACUGUACUUUGAGACAAGUAACAAUUCAGAAGCAAGCGCAGCUGCCUUGUUUUGUGCAAUGGCUGAUACUUUUAGCGAGAUUGUGGAAAAACAGGAGUUACCAUAUACAUUAAUAAACGUCAUUGGCGGUCCAGAUGGAGUUUAUGAAGACCAUGUAGAAUUUCUGGAAAAACAUCUUAAACUUGUCACCAUGCAGGAAUAUCUGAAAAACAAGCAAGUGCUUAAUGAAAAAAUCCAAGCAAUAUUUAUGUGGGUCCAUAAACCUGAAGUUACCAGGGAUCUUCUGGAAGAGCUACGUAAUUUAAAAGUGAUUGCAGUCUCGGGUGUAGGAAUAGACCACCUUGAUUUAAAACUGAUCUUUAGCUUUGGUAUAAGAGUAACCAAUACACCUUUUGCAGUGUCCAAUUCAACAGCUGAUAUAGGAAUGGCUUUGAUGCUGGCUUCCGCUAGAAGGAUUGUGGAAGGUUAUCAGAUUGCAGUUUCCCCUGACACUACACAUUUUAAUAUGGACUGGUUGGGACAAGAAAUAACUGGUACAACUCUAGGAAUCAUUGGAAUGGGCCGGAUUGGUUACAAGGUGGCCCAAAGAGCUAAAGCUUUUGAGAUGAAAAUUCUUUAUCAUAACAGAAACCAAAGAAAUGAGGCAGAUGAACAGGCUGUUGGUGCAGUUUAUUGCCAGAAGAUGGAAGAUUUACUUCCACAAGCUGACUUUGUGAUGCUGACUGUGAAUCUGACUCCUCAGACAUGCAAGUUGAUUGGGAGAAAGGAACUAGAACUCAUGAAGCCCACUGCCACUCUUAUCAACAUCUGUAGAGGUCAAGUGGUUGAUCAAGAUGCACUUCUGAAGGCCCUCCAAACAAAAACAAUUAAGGCUGCAGCUUUGGAUGUAACGUAUCCAGAGCCACUGCCAAGGGAUCAUGCUUUAUUGGAUUUAAAGAAUGUCAUCAUAACACCCCACAUUGGAUCUGCAACUUCACAAGCCCGCCGCCAUAUGAUGGAAAGGAUGGUUGAAAGUAUUCUGGCAGCUAUAAAUGGCCUCCCAGUCACUCAUGAAGUCCAUGAGUAACAUGUGCUUUGUUGGGAUAAAGUAUUUCUAUAUUUGUCUUUAAAUGUUUAUAGCAGGGGUCUCCAAACUUGGCAACUUUAAGACUUAUGGUCUUCAACUCUGGGCAAUUCUGGGAGUUGAAAUCCACAAGGCAUAAAGUUACCAAAUUUGGAAAUCCCUAGUUUAUACCAAAGUAAUGAAUUUGAUUUUGACAACAGAUCUCUAUUUAGCUUUCUUGGAAAAAAAAUAAGCAUAGUAUGUUUUGUUCAUUUAUGUUGUUCCAUUUGUUCCACAGAGCUUUGUUAAAUGGAAUAAAAACCAAACCUGAAAAAUAAAAAUAUCUGUCAUCCCUUUGCACCGGAUGCAUCGGA